AUGUUAAAGGGAGGAAGCCAUAAAGCAUCAGUAGAGUAUAGAUUGGGUAGCAAGUGGGUCAAGUUGGACUACGACGAAGAGCACCUUGUAUACGAACACUCGACAAGGAUCCGGGCGGGCAUGUGUGAGUAUGAGCUGGAGCAUACGGUGGCGGAGAAGUACAGGAAGUCAUACUUUGAGAAAAGGGACAGGUUCCUUGAAGCACAACUACCAGGGAACAAUCAGUUCAAGAUAGGACCACUGCAGAGGAUGCCUGGCGACAACUACGUUCUGAGGGGACGGUACCUUGAACUCGAAACGCGAGGAUCAGGCGCAUUUGGGUGGAUCACCCAGGGACUCGAUACUAAGACAGGCGAUUUAGUGGCUAUAAAAGAGCUGCGAAUCGAAGCAAGAAAUAAGUCUGAGGUUUUGGCAGAGAAUGAGCCUGGCUUACUUCCGACCUUGAGCGCGAUGUGUGAGCACGGCCGUCCUGAAAUCUGCUGUGCCUUAGAGAGGCUCUUCCUUUUCAUGCCCAGCGCAAUCUCGGAUUUCACGGGAGGAUUCUGGGGCAACACGAGCAUUCCACGACCGGCGAAGUUACACUUUCUCAAAGAACCACUCGAAGGCCUCAAGACUUUACAUGCCAUGGGAAUUAUGCAUCGCGACAUCAGGCCGAAAAACAUGCUCAUUAUGUCUAAUGACCCUCCUCGCGCUGCGCUCUGCGAUUACGGCAAAGCCGUCGAAGCAAAGACGUCCAAAGUCACGACAAUUGGCCCAAUCUACACUUUAGCGCCUGAAGUCUGGACGGUAGCCAGGGAUGGUCCCUACACGGCAAAGAUUGACACGUGGGCUUACGGGUAUGCAAUCGCCGAAGUCCUAGGUUACAAGGCCCGAGAGUUUUCGAAGAUCACGCAGGAUCAGCUCGCAUCGAUUCUCAGGACUCUACGUGCUUCCUACGUUAGGGGAACUGACGGUGAGCCUCUUGUCGACCUGGUCUCGAAGUUGCUCAUAUGGAGGCCUCAGGAUCGGUGGUCGGCCGAACAGGCUCUGGAGCAUAACUGCUGGCUUCCAAUAGCGCUAGAGCAGGACCGAAGACAUGACGAUCCUGCAGAAGCUGCAAGGUCCAAGAGAGCUCUGCUGGAAGAUCGGGUUUAA